AUGAGUGAAACCAAUUUGGAGCAUUCCAGUCAUCCCAAUCCGCAUGCUGCCGAUGCCCGUCAUCACAGUUACUGGACCGGCUCCGGGUCUGCAGAGAUUUUAAGCUGGGCCUCGCCUGUGCCCGAGGACCUGCAUGCAAAACACACUAUGAUCAAGGGAGAUUUUGUGAUGGUGUGCCGUGACUCGGUGAAGGGCAAGUGCUCCAGACCAGUUUGCAAGUUCUACCACAUUCCUGUGCCUGUUCCGUCGUCGUCGUCGUCAUCGUCGUUGCUGCUGCUGGAGCCCGGAGAAAGGACGCCGGCGUCGACGUCGUCUCCGCCGUCAUCAGUGUCGAUCCCGACGACACUGACACCGACACCACUCUUCUGCUCGACGGCGUCGACACUGUUGUCUCCUCCUCCGUCGUUGUUUCAUCAGCCGUGUUUCCCGCCCCGGGUCGCCACUUACUGCUGGGACUUGCUCGUGUCUCCGUCGAAUAAUCCGGGUGUCGUCGUCGCUGCCACGACGACGGCGUCGUCGAUCAAGCGACGACACGACCUCGUGUUUCCUGGAGACGCCGACAAUAAUAACACCGGCAAGAGGAUCAAAGUUGACUGA